AUGCUACUCAACGUCAGUUGCAUCGGUAGAAACGACGUUUCGCAAAAUGAGCGCGCCAUUGGUCAAGCCCGAGUCCAAAAGAAUCUAGAUGCUGUAGAGGUUGUAACGAACGAAGUGCAGGAGUGGGAUGGACGAGGUAGAGCCAGAUUGAUACCUGAUACAAGUCCAUCCCGCUUGAAGAUUUUUGUGCCAGAGCGCCGCACGAAGAAGGGAAGAAUUCCCUGCGUCGCAAAAAGUGCGGAAUACGACGGGACAUGUGAUUGCUGUCAUUUAGCGAAAAAUUCACGAGUAUCUUCCUUUAUAGCGUCAGUGCCGCCCGAUAUUCUGGACUAUGACACCAGCACGGACAUGGUGGUGAUGGAGGGACGAAACGUGACUCUGCGUUGCGCUGCGACCGGUUCCCCGGCGCCCAACAUCACCUGGCGACGCGAGGACGGUCAGCAAAUUCAGCUCGGAAACGGAGAGGAAGUUGCGAGCGUGGAUGGUUCGAGCUUCAAUAUCACAAAAGUGAACCGGCUACAUAUGGGUUCCUAUUUAUGCAUCGCAUCCAAUGGCGUACCUCCUUCCGUCAGCAAAAGAAUAAUGCUCACUGUGCAUUUUCCACCGAUGAUUUGGGUUCAGAAUCAAUUAGUCGGCGCUCAAGAAGGGCAAAAAUUGACUCUAGAAUGCUAUUCAGAAGCAUUCCCAAAGUCUAUUAAUUAUUGGACUAGAGAUCAAGAUAAGAUUGUGCCCCAAGGAGGAAAAUACGAUCCAGUACUGAAAGAUAACGCGUACAAAAUACACAUGAGGCUGACGAUAAACUCCGUCAGCCCGACGGAUUACGGCUCGUAUAAAUGUGUGUCCAGGAACUCGUUGGGCGACACUGACGGCAGCAUUAAGGUCUAUCCAAUAUCGGGCUCCAAUUCCAGCAUCACCAAGUACAAAGGUAAAGCAAGGCAUAAUUCAGGGAACAAUAACAUCCUAGAGGGAAAUCAAGACAUGCUAAAGGAACGAGAUUUGAAACUACGAGGUCGAAAGGAGAACGGCGGCGACGUAGCGGACUACGAUGAAUCCAGUGCUACUAGCAACGACAGCUCGUUGCUGCUGGUGAUUCUUGUCGCGCUGUGUCUGUACCUCCAUCAUCAUCCGCAGAUGCGAACGUUACAUCCGGCCUGA